AAGUUUUUAAUAAAUAAAUAAAUAAUAAAAUUCGAGGCUUACGCCCAGAGGGUUUUCGGAGACAAAGAGAAAAAAGCUUUUUGUUUUUUUUUCUUUUAUAAAAGCGUAGUUUUAAAGAGAUAUAAUCCCUUCCUUUACCUCUUCGCUGCUGCCUGCUGCUUUUUUUUUUUUCGUCGAGAGAAGCGAAAGACAAAAAACUCGUAACGUACACGACAUAGUUUUUUUUUUUCCCUCAGAUCUGAGAGAGACCUAAGAGAAACUGUUUUCGGAGAGGGGUAUCCGGAGAGAGGAUGAGCGGGAAAGGAGGAGGUGCUGGAAAUAAUGGGAUAGGGAAGGGUAAUAGUGGAAUUUCAGGUAUUCCGGCUGGGUCUCGGAAGAUGGUCCAGAGCUUGAAGGAGAUUGUGAACUGCCCCGAACCCGAGAUCUAUGCCAUGCUUAAAGAGUGUAACAUGGACCCUAACGAGGCCGUCAAUCGCCUCCUCUCUCAAGAUCCUUUUCACGAGGUGAAGAGCAAACGAGACAAGAAAAAAGAGAGCAAAGACACAGUUGAUUCCAGGUCUCGUGGUGCCAACAACCUUGGGAGUCGUGGUGGUAGGAGUGGUUCAGACCGAUAUAUGGGGCGUGGUGGCUCAUCCAAUUAUAGUUCUAAUGAGUCUGGACCUUUCCAUGGUAAACCUGCUCAAAAGAGGGAAAAUGGAACUCACGCUUAUGCAGGUUCUUCAUCUUCUGCAUCUGGUGUGCAAGGAAACAACAUGAAAUGGAGACUGCCAUCCCAUAGUGAAGCUGUUAUCUCCGGACAUAAAACAACCACAGCAGGUUUAGUUGAUGGUAUUUCUUCAUCUUCACAACCUUCUGGAUACCAGUCUGCUUGGUUGGGGGCUCCAGGUCAAGUAUCAAUGGCUGAUAUUGUGAAGAUGGGCAGACCACAAAACAAGGCUUCUUUCAUGCCAAACCCACCUCAUCAAAGUGUUAAUAAUCGGCAUCUUGCAGUACCUCAUUCUGCAGAAGUCACUUACGAGCCUGAUAUCACCACAAACCAGCAUAGUUCCCCAAGUGAUGAAUGGCCCCCCAUUGACAAUGCAUCUGCUGUUAACGUGAACCCUAUCUUAGAAGCACCUGCAGAAUCUGGAUUGUAUGCAGAGGCAUCUAACUUGCCUGUGGAUAGAAACAACCAACUCUUGAAAGCCGAGUUAGAGGAAGCUCAGGCAGUGGAUGAUGAUCCUGUCGAAACUGUUGAUGGUAACCAUAUUGAGUCUCCUAUUUCAACUAGAAAUAUACAAGAGGAUGAUUCUGGAGGCUCAUCUCUUUAUGAUAAUAACUUACAUAAGGAUGCCAAUUCCUAUCAGCCUCAAAGGCAUGCUUUUGAGCAUGAUGAAGCCGAAGAUGGUUCUUCAUCGGUUGCUGUGAAUAUGCAGCAACUUAAUUUGCAUAAUGAUGACCAGGAGGCAUCAUCUGAAGAGGAUAAUCCAUCUGUAAUCAUACCAAACCACCUGCAAGUCCACACCCCAGACUGUUCACAUUUGAGUUUUGGAAGUUUUGGACCUGCAAUUGGUUCUGUCUUUUCCGGAUCAUUUGCAUCAAGGCCCUUGAAGAAUAAUUUGGAUGAAGCUCCUGAAUCAGCUGAUAUCUCUUCUAUUGGGCACUCCGAGAAUAGAAAUCCCGAGUAUUAUGGGGACGAACAUCUCAGAAGUAAUGCAGAGGGAAAUAUAAUAAUUAGAAGUACUGUCAACACUGGAAAUUAUGAAGCUACUGAAGAUUCUCAACCAGCAGUACUGAAACAGGAUGCUUCUGAAGCUGCCCAAGGGAACCAAUAUGCAUUUCCUUCAUCUGCAUCUGGUUAUAGCUAUGAGAACGCUCAACAGAUAAAUCCUGCUUUUACUCAUCCUCAGACAAGCACUCAAAUGCAGAAUCUCACUCCCUUCUCAAGCGUAAUGCAAGCAUAUACAAAUUCAUUGCCAAGCACUUUGCUGACAUCAACUGUUCAGACUGCAAGGGAGCCGGAUCUUCCAUAUUCACCCUUCCCUGUGACUCAGUCAAUGCCAACAAAAUACACAAAUGCAGUCUCUUCCAUUAGUGGCCCCACAAUUUCUAUGCCAGAGGCUCUGAGAGCAGCUAGUAUAUCUGCACCACAGGCGACUCCACAGACCCUUCCUAGUGCCAGUGUUGCCACGGGACCUGCUCUUCCUCAGCAUCUAGCCAUGCACCCUUUUUCCCAACCUACGCUUCCAUUGGGACAUUUUGCCAACAUGAUUAGUUAUCCUUUCUUGCCACAAAGUUACACUUAUAUGCCAUCAGCUUUCCAGCAGGGAUUUGCUGGUAAUAGUAACUACCCUCAGUCCCUGGCAGCAGUGCUCCCCCAAUACAAAAAUAGUGUUUCUGUUAGCAGUUUGCCUCAAUCUGCUGCAAUUGCAUCUGGCUAUGGGUUUGGGAGUUCUACCAAUAUUCCUGGAGGACUUCCUCUGAAUCCGCCUACAGCACCUGCAGGCACAACCAUUGGCUAUGAUGAUAUUCUGAGUUCUCAGUACAAGGACAGCAAUCAUUUGAUGUCGCUUCAACAGACUGAGAAUUCAGCCAUGUGGGUUCAUGGCCCUGGCUCACGAACAAUGUCUGCUGUUCCUGGAAGCAAUUAUUACAGCUUCCAGGGGCAAAACCAGCAGGGUGGUGGAUUUCGACAAGGGCAACAACCUUCGCAGCAAUUUGGGGCUCUUGGAUACCCAAAUUUCUACCAUUCACAAACAGGAGUAUUAGGGGACCAUCAGCAGCAAAACCCUAUGGAUGGAUCCCUGAGUGGGUCUCAAGGCCAGCCAUCAAAGCAGACCCAACAGUUGUGGCAAAACAAUUACUAAUGUUAUCACCUCCGGGUUUUUCAGGGUCGUGGUAGUGAGUUUGAAAGUGGCCAAUCGAAGGCAUUCGUGCGAUUGAAUAAUUACAUGUAUGGUUGAUAGGGGUCUGAAGAGACCUUGAAUGGCUACUGCCCUGUGCCACGAGGUUGUAUUCUACUUAUUUAUUGUCUGGUUAUGUUAACUUAGGAACACAGUGUGCUAAUUUGGGAUAGUGGACGUUGCCCUUCACUUCUCUUUCCCCCUCAUUGUUUCCCUGUUCCCCUUUCCCCUUUUUUAUAGUGAAAAUUUGCCUUUUUUUUUUUUUUGAAA